AUGGCGGCCGCACUCUUUUCUUUUUCGGGGGAGCCCGUGAGCGAGUUGAAUCGGUAUCGGGUACUGUCCCCUACCGCGGGUGUUCGUGUAUCGCCUCUGGCUCUGGGUGCCAUGUCCAUCGGCGACAGCUGGUCUGACUGGAUGGGAUCCAUGGACAAGGAGAGCUCCUUCAAGCUGCUGGACGCCUUUUACGAUGCCGGCGGUAACUUUAUCGACACCGCCAACAACUACCAGAAUGAGCAGUCCGAGUCCUGGAUCGGAGAGUGGGCGGCAAAGAGGGGCAUCCGAGACCAGCUGGUGAUUGCCACCAAGUUCACCUCAGACUACCGAAGCCAUGAGCUGGGCAAGGGAAGGGCCCCCAAUUUCCAGGGCAACCAUCGCAAGAGUCUGCAUUUAAGUGUUCGAGACUCUCUUAAGAAGCUCCAGACUGAUUACAUCGAUAUUCUGUACAUUCACUGGUGGGACCACACCACCUCCAUCAAGGAGCUCAUGGAUGCUCUGCACCAGCAAGUUGAGUCGGGCAAGGUCCUUUAUUUGGGUGCAAGUGAUAUGCCUGCAUUUGUUGUGAGUGCAGCAAAUCAAUACGCGAUUGACCAUGGCAAGACACCUUUCAGCAUCUACCAAGGACGAUGGAACAUUAUGGUCCGGGACUUUGAGCGGGAGAUUAUCCCAAUGGCCCGGCUAUACGGCAUGGCGCUUGCCCCUUGGGAUGUUCUCGGCGGCGGCAAGUUCCAGACAAAGAAGGCUCUGGAACAGCGUAAGCAACAGGGCGAAACCCUGCGUGGUCUUGCGGCGGCCCCUGAGCAGACUGCCGAUGAGGAGAAGAUCAGUGAGGCUCUUGCCAAGGUGGCAUCAGAACACGGAAUCGAGUCCGUCACAGCCAUUGCGCUUGCAUAUGUGCUGCACAAGGCUGGUAACGUCUUCCCCAUCGUUGGCGGACGCAAGGUUGAGCACCUCAAGGACAAUAUCAAGGCGCUGAGCAUCAAGCUCACAGAUGAGCAAAUCAAGUAUCUCGAGAGUGUCAAGUCGUUUGACUUGGGCUUUCCACUGGCCUUUUUGGGCGAGGAUCCAAACGUUACGGGAUAUUCUGCGCGUCUCGAUCGCACGGCCAAGUUUACUUUCCCCAACUCGGGGACUCCCAAGAGCGUGUAA